AUGGGAAAACACAUCUUGAUGUUCCUGAUGGGCCUCACCUUGCUGGUGAGCUCCCUGCAAGCUUUGACAUGUUUCAUGUGUGCGAGGUUCAAUUCUAGUGGAAUUUGUGAGAAAGGAGAAGGUUGCUGUACGGCUAAACCUGGUGAGAAAUGUGCCUCGCUUCUAUUGUCCAGAGAUGGCAAAAUCCAGUUUGGAGUCCAGAGAUGUGCUGACCUGUGCUUCAAUGGGAACGUUGUGAAUAGAAAUAGAAGCAUACUAAUGAAUUGUUGCAGUGACAAGUCUUACUGCAAUAAGCUAAAAGCCUGA